GUUUCACCUCAGUAAAACCACCUUUUGUAAUUGAUGGUCUCAGAAGAAAGACGGAGGACGGAAUAAGGUCCCGAUCCGGGAGCCAAACCCAUGCAGACAGAGCCCUACACCUGCACAGACUUCCACUGAGAAAUCACCACCAAGCUGGAACAAACAAGUAAAAGCAUUGACUCAAGUGCCCACAUGAUCACUACCGCCAGGGUACCUGCUGAUAAGCAAGUACGAAUUGCCUUCAGCCUGAAUGACUCCCCAGAUGAUGCUUCCCCUGAAAACUUGUCUUUGGCAUUUCCAGAACUAGAUCAGCAGCUGCAGCCUCUGCCUCCUUGCCAUGAGUCUAAGGAAUCUAUGCAGGUGUAUAAACAGCACUGCAAAAUAGCAGAAGAGUACCAUGAAGUCAAGAAAGAAAUUGCUCUGCUGGAAGAAAGAAAAAAGGAGCUGAUUGCCAGGCUGGAACAAGUGGAAAAAGAAAGCAUGGAUGCUGCUCAGCUGGCUAAGGAGUACGCAGAACUGACAGAGGAGAACCGAACACUGAAGCUGGCCCAGACGCAGUGCGUGGAGCAACUGGAAAAGCUCAGAAUACAGUAUCAAAAAAGGCAGGGUUCCUCAUAACUCCCAACUGGCUUGUGUGAGGCAGUUCAUAAAUGGUUGGUCCUGUGCUGGAAAGAGAUUUUUAAAAUAAGGAUCUGUUUAAUAUGUUAUAAUACUUUACUACAGAUACGGAGUAUGUAGAAGUCUAUAUUUGAGUCAAUGCUUGCCAGCCAGUAACUUAAUAUAAUGGAUAUUUUAUCCAUUAUAUAAUGGAUAUUUUAUUUCAAGUAACAUAAUUGAAGUUAAUCUAUCUCCAUUAUAUGUUCUACUAGAUCAGGUUUCUUUUCUAAACAUAUUUCUUCCAAUUUAAGAAUAUGUGGACACACUAGAAAAUGGUAUAAAUAGUUCCUGGGUUGGAAAUUUGGAUCAUACUAAGGCAUACAGCAGGGACAAUGUUAGUAUAUGGAAUACAUGUAUGUUAAAUUUAGUUUGGUGAAGAUUUUUUUUGAAUUAUUUUCCUCAUGCCUGAAGUGUUUGGAAGUUAUCUUAAAACAGAUCUCCUCGCUGAUAAAACCUGUACUUCAUUAUCCUGUGUCAACUUUAUAUUGUUACAUAAAUUCUGAGAAAUUGCACAUUAAAAAUUGAAGUAAUAUAAUUCUUUUUUUUCACACGAGUGCACUGCCAGUAAUAAUUAGCAAGUUAUGAAAAUAAAAGGAAACAGUUAAGAUCAAAAUUUCCUUCCUCAAGUGUAAAGAUUUGAGAGUCUUUUGGCUCUUGUACUUUUUGACAUGCAAGAACUGAAAAAUUAAUGUAAGAAUCAUAGUUUCAACUGAGAAUGUGUCAGUAAAAGUGCUGUGAGGAUAUUUUGUUCUUAUAUUCUGGUCUGUUUUGACACAUAAGUGGCUGUAAGUAGGGGCAGGAUGUACAAAUAACCGAGAAUAUACAAAUAAUGGGGAUAUACAAAUAACCGGGAAGUAAAAUGUCAGUUUUACUUGCUCUAUUUAUCCCUGUACUU